GGGCGGGAUCCUUCUGGAAGGUUCUAAGACUGGGUAUAAGAGACAGUGAGGCGGGCGGAAACCGGUCUCAUUGAACGCGGCGCCAGCUUUUGGGGAAAUCGGUGCGGUGUCCUCGCCAGCACAGCCGGGCCUACACGCGAGCAACCAUGUCUAAGGGACCUGCAGUCGGUAUUGAUCUUGGCACCACCUACUCGUGUGUGGGCGUCUUCCAGCACGGGAAGGUGGAGAUUAUUGCCAAUGACCAGGGUAACCGAACCACACCAAGCUAUGUGGCUUUUACUGACACGGAACGAUUGAUUGGGGAUGCUGCUAAGAAUCAGGUUGCGAUGAACCCCACCAACACAGUUUUUGAUGCCAAACGUCUGAUCGGACGUAGGUUUGAUGAUGCCGUUGUACAGUCUGACAUGAAGCACUGGCCCUUCAUGGUGGUGAACGAUGCAGGCAGGCCCAAGGUCCAAGUAGAGUACAAAGGAGAGACAAAAAGCUUCUACCCAGAGGAGGUGUCCUCUAUGGUUCUUACUAAGAUGAAGGAGAUCGCAGAAGCUUAUCUGGGGAAGACGGUUACCAAUGCUGUGGUCACAGUGCCAGCCUACUUCAAUGAUUCUCAGCGGCAGGCAACAAAAGAUGCUGGAACUAUUGCUGGCCUCAAUGUCCUUCGAAUUAUCAACGAGCCGACUGCUGCUGCUAUUGCCUAUGGGCUAGAUAAGAAGGUUGGAGCUGAAAGGAAUGUGCUGAUCUUUGACUUGGGAGGUGGUACUUUUGAUGUGUCCAUCCUCACAAUUGAGGAUGGAAUUUUUGAAGUCAAAUCAACAGCUGGAGACACCCACUUGGGUGGAGAAGACUUUGACAACAGGAUGGUCAACCAUUUCAUUGCUGAGUUUAAACGAAAGCACAAGAAGGACAUCAGUGAGAACAAGAGAGCUGUCAGGCGUCUGCGUACUGCCUGUGAACGGGCGAAGCGCACCCUCUCCUCCAGCACCCAGGCCAGUAUUGAGAUUGAUUCUCUCUAUGAGGGAAUCGACUUCUAUACCUCCAUUACCCGUGCUCGAUUUGAAGAAUUAAAUGCUGACCUGUUCCGGGGUACUCUGGACCCUGUAGAAAAGGCUCUUCGAGAUGCUAAACUAGAUAAGUCUCAGAUCCAUGAUAUUGUCCUGGUGGGUGGUUCUACCAGAAUCCCCAAGAUUCAGAAGCUUCUGCAGGACUUCUUCAAUGGAAAAGAGCUGAACAAGAGCAUCAACCCUGAUGAAGCUGUUGCUUAUGGUGCAGCUGUCCAGGCAGCCAUUCUAUCUGGAGACAAGUCUGAGAAUGUUCAGGAUUUGCUGCUCUUGGAUGUCACUCCUCUUUCCCUUGGUAUUGAAACUGCUGGUGGAGUCAUGACUGUUCUCAUCAAGCGCAAUACCACAAUCCCUACCAAGCAGACUCAGACUUUCACCACCUACUCUGAUAACCAGCCGGGUGUGCUCAUUCAGGUGUAUGAAGGUGAACGAGCCAUGACCAAGGAUAACAACCUGCUUGGAAAGUUUGAACUUACAGGCAUCCCUCCAGCACCCCGUGGUGUUCCCCAGAUUGAAGUCACUUUUGACAUUGAUGCCAAUGGCAUCCUCAAUGUUUCUGCUGUAGAUAAGAGCACAGGCAAGGAGAACAAGAUCACCAUCACCAAUGACAAGGGCCGCUUGAGCAAGGAAGAUAUUGAGCGCAUGGUCCAGGAAGCUGAGAAGUACAAAGCUGAAGAUGAAAAGCAGAGAGAUAAGGUUUCCUCCAAGAAUUCUCUGGAGUCUUAUGCUUUCAACAUGAAAGCAACAGUUGAAGAUGAGAAACUUCAAGGAAAGAUCAAUGAUGAGGACAAACAGAAGAUCCUAGACAAGUGCAACGAGAUCAUCAGUUGGCUGGAUAAGAACCAGACUGCAGAGAAGGAAGAAUUUGAACACCAGCAGAAGGAACUGGAGAAGGUCUGCAACCCUAUCAUUACCAAGCUGUACCAGACUGCUGGUGGGAUGCCUGGAGGAAUGCCUGGCGGCUUCCCUGGUGGAGGAGCUCCUCCAUCUGGUGGUGCUUCUUCAGGGCCCACCAUUGAAGAGGUGGAUUAAGUCAAUCCAAGUAGAAGUGUAGCAUUUGUUCCACAGGGAAACAUUCGAAGGACCCAAAUUUAGCAAGUUACAUGGUGGUUUCAAAUUCAAACUGCUACAAUAAAUUUACUGAGCAUUCUCAAUACUUGAACAUGGAACAUGUGCACAGGGAGUGAAGUAAGCAUUGCACUUUAUAAGCACUGUAUCCUAAGUGGAAAAUGCAAUGUUUAAUAAAACAGGCGGAAAAUGGAAUGUCUAAUAAAUAUUUAAAUUGGCA